AUGAUAGACGCAGAAGUUAAGCAGGGGAUUAUUCAGGAAUACCGCACCCACGAGUCGGACACAGGUUCCACCGAGUUGCAAGUAGCGAUGCUCACGGAGCGGAUUCGGCAGGUGACAGACCACCUUCGCACCCAUCGGAAAGACGUCCAUUCGCGUCGAGGGCUGGUUACCAUGGUGUCGAAACGGCGGCGGUUGCUCAACUAUUUGAGCAGCGAGGACGUUGGGCGCUAUCAAAGAUUGAUUGGACGACUUGGGCUGCGCCGCUAA